CCUUGAUCCACGUGGAUGAGCUUCAUCCUGUGCUACAUACGCAGGCUCAUGGUAGCCAACUCUUUUCUCUGUUUCUUCAUCCAACUUGUAAACCAUGUCGACCACAUCUACCCCAACCUCGCCUACACCAGAACAGACUCUGCUUAACGGCUAUGUGGGUUUCGAUACCAUCACUCAGCAAAUUGAAAAAAAGAUGCUGAAGCGUGGCUUCCAAUUCAAUGUCAUGGUAGUUGGUCAAUCGGGACUCGGAAAAUCCACGCUCGUUAACACGAUCUUUGCUUCCCACCUGAUUGAAAGCAAAGGACGUCUGAAUGCUGACGAACCACCUCGACAAACUACCGAUAUUGAAACUGUUUCUCACACUAUUGUUGAGAAUGGUGUUCGACUUCGAUUAAAUAUCGUAGAUACCCCUGGCUACGGUGAUCAGGUCAACAAUGAAAAUUGCUGGGAGCCCAUCAUCAAAUAUAUCAAGGAUCAACACUCGGCCUACUUGCGCAAAGAGUUGACCGCGCAACGUGAUCGUUUCAUUACCGAUUCACGAAUUCAUUGCUGCCUCUUUUUCAUCACGCCAUCUGGUCACUCUUUGAAGGCCAUUGAUAUUGUCGUAUUGAAAAAGUUGUGCGAAGUGGUCAAUGUGGUCCCUGUGAUUGCCAAAUCAGACUCAUUAACUUUGGAGGAACGUGAGGCGUUCAGAAACCGCAUCAAAUCCGAACUCACGUUCCAUGGUAUCAAACUUUAUCCCUACGAAAGUGAAGAGGACGACGAGCAAGAAAUGGCACUGAACGAAACAAUUCGGGAACUGAUCCCAUUUGCUAUUGUUGGCUCCGAGAGAAAUAUCGUGGUCGAUGGUAAAGCGGUGCGUGGUCGAAAGACACGAUGGGGUGUGAUCAACGUGGAGGAUGAAAACCAUUGUGAAUUCUCCCAUCUCCGCAACUUUUUGACCCGAACUCAUUUGCAAGACCUGAUUGAGACCACGGCCCAAAUUCAUUAUGAAACGUUCCGCGCCAAGCAGUUGCAAGCCAUCAAGGAAUCCGCCGCGCCUCCCUCCCAAACCCCCGUAUCGCCCAUGGGAGCAUCCGAUGCCAUGGUCCCUACUGCUGCUUCAUCAUAGAGCACCCAUAUAAAAAAAGAACCAGAUCCGAUAUCACAGUAGAUAAUAAAUAGUAUUUGAUGAAUUCAUCGCAAUUGACACAGGAACCAUGAUUUGUAAAGCUGUUUGUAGA